CACCCCCCUCUUCCACGGCUCGUCUGCUGUUGUCCUUGUUCAGGACAUCGCAGUCACACUAGGCACACGAGUCUCCUAUAACCGCUUUGUCUUGCCAGUCCACGCGACCGAUCCGUGUCCCAUAUAUUCGUCUUUUUUAUACCCACUGGAACGCACCAAGUUCCUCACUUUGAACGGCAUUGGAUCGUCGUCCUCAAUCACCCAACUGGGAGCCUUCGAACAGCGCUCUUCCCAAGAAGCACAACGUGCAUACCCGCAAUGGAUCCCCUCACCCACACCACCGCUGCGGAUAUCGAAGAGUUGGCGGAACAUCUGCAUAGCAUAGGAACUGGAGGCUUUCCAAAAUCCCCCCCUCGAUAUCGCGACUCGCCGGCGCUGCAUGAGCGGCAUGAACGGGAUGAAUUUUGGAACGAGCCGCAGCACCAGCGGCGCAAGGUGGCAUCGAGUGGUGGCUUCUCGCCGUCGCCGUCGCAGUCAUCCUACCUUGCCGACUCCAAGGAGGUGGAAUUUGGACAGCAUUGGACUCCGCUGUCCGAUUACAACGACCCCGUCUACGUUCCAAGAUCCGCUCACUCGGUGCGAACAUCGUCAAACAGCGUGACUUCGUCGAUCCGGAAAGACUCGAGAGCUUCCGACACAAGGAGACCGUCGCAGCCCGCUGCUAGCUACAGCCUCUAUCCCCCGUCCUCUCCCCCAAUUACCAAACCUCUUCCACCACUUCCCCUCGGCAAGAACUCACACCGCGUCUCUUCUCAGGGUUCAUUUGAUGGUUCUGAUGCCGCUUCCUCUUACUCGGCCUCUCGCCUCUCUCAGGCUUCCAGAUCAUCAAAGGCCACAUCAUCGGGUCCCGACCAUAUGUCGAAUGAUGCUAUUGCGCCACUCUCAAGCCCUCUGUUCCCCUCGCCUCCUCUACAUCAAUUUUCCACGCCGAGUGAGGAACGACCAAAGCCCAAGCCAAGGCCACGAGCGGGCUCCGCCGCCAUCGAUCUGGUGCCCUGGAAACACAUGAUCUCGAACGAUAAAGUUACCAAGGAUCCAACUGUUUUUUACUUUGACGUUUCGACCACCUCCGCCACGCUUGCCAGCAAACAUGGAAAUAACAUCAUCAAGGUGUGGUCUGUUGGAAGUGGGAUUUUGCAGAGCACCAUCAAAUUCUCAUGCUAUACAGCCGCCCAAGCUCGCUCGCGCGAAUACUUUGUCCGCAGUCACGCCAUUCUUUCCGAGCCAGCCACAAUGAUUGCCAUUGCCACUGGCUUUGGCGAUACCCUUGAAGUAUGGGACUGGGCCAAAAAGAAGAAGCUCCAAACUAUCGAGAAAGCAGACCGAUGGGCCGCUGUUAGGACCAGUGUUUACGAAGCUGGCUUCAGCCCUCUAGUUACCUAUGCAGGCGACGCCGACACAAUCGAUCUUUACUCCGUCUCCCAAAGCAAGAAACCCUUCACCAAGAGCCGCACCAUCGAUCUUCGCAAAGCCAACCUCCCGGUUAUUCCCCAGUACCCCGAGCUUGCCUUCUCUGCAACCGGUCCCCUGCUUGUCGCCGCCUCUGGACCGCGGCCACCUCGUCCCGGCCAUCCUCCUCCCGAGCACGAAACGCUUCUCGUAGCCUGGGACGUCGGGGACCCUACGGAUGGCUCACAGCCCGCGUCUCAUACCCCAUACAAGUGUGUGACCCCCUGGGCGCAUACAGAGCUUGAAACUGCCUUGCCGUCUGGUCUAGCAACUUACGGUUCGGUUGCCGUCUCCAUCUGGAUCCCUGCCUCAUACCGCGCCGUACCCAUCCCUGCCUCCCGCGGUGGGCAUGGAUACAAUCUGGCACCUGUCCCUGUUCCCUAUCGCCAUGUUUUAGUGUGGGACUUUUCGGCAUCUUCGACCAAGACCUUCCGCAUCCCCAACGCAAUAUCGUGUGUCAGUCCUGACUGUCGAUAUGUAGCGUAUUGCGAUGCGACGGGGAUUGACUUUGGUGGCCGCGGGUGCCUGGUGAUACUAGAUGCCAUGACCGGGACAGAGUUGUGGCGCUGGCCGGACCCAGAAGCUGGGAUCAUGGAAAGCGCACCAAAACAGGGGUAUGAGCAAUUGGAGGCGUUGAGCAAGGUCACCGAGUUGUCAUUCUCCAUAGAUGGCGGGUUCCUGUUCUUGGGAGAUUCGGACGGGGGUUGCGGUGUAUACGAGGUUAGGGAGGCGACAGCGGGGGCCAAUGGGCAAAAGCUAAAUGUUAGGCCCAUAAGGUGAACGGGGCUUGGGUUUGGUGGACAUUACGCUCUUGGUUGGUAGGUAGUUGAAGAGUUGAUGAGCCUACGAGAUACGGUGUUACUACGAUGGGGAUGAUAAAAAAAAAAGGCAGUACAGUAAGGGGUGGAUGAUUGCAGAACACUGGCCGACGCUAAAAGGUCUUUUGGGUAUAUAAUGGCAUGAUGAUUGAGGAUACCAUAGUAAGUAUGAACUGUUUUCAGAGAGAUCGGAUGUGAGCCGACUGGGAAAAAACUAGUAUCAUUAUUCCUG